UGUUCACACUUAGUCAAGCAAGAUGGCGGCCCCUACAAAACAGUAUGGGCUGAUCUUGCCUCAGAAGAAAGGAGCAGCAAAGACUGCAAUCCUUAAAAAAACCUGUGUGUUUGGGGAUGAUUCAGAUGAUGAGACCUCUGUUGGUGAGAGCCUUCAGAAAGAAGCUGUCAAAAAGAAGAUGAUGAAGCAGACACGUUUGGAGAUGCAGACCCUGGAAGAGGACAGCACUGUAUAUGAUUACGAUGCUGUGUAUGAUGACAUUCAAAACCAGAGACUUGAGAGCAACAAAAAAGUUCUGCAUGGUGCUGACAAAAGGCCAAAGUACAUCCACCAGUUAAUGAGAGCUGUUGAGGACCGAAAGAAAGAACAGGAACGAAGGGAAGACAGGAAGAUCCAGAAGGAGAGGGAGGCAGAGGGAGAGCAGUUUGCCGAUAAAGAGGCUUAUGUUACCUCUGCCUACAAGCAAAAACUGGAGGAGCAGAAGGAGGAGCAGGAGAGAGAGAAGAGAGAGGCAGCUAUUGAGGCUGCCUUGGACGUGAAGAAACAAAAAGACCUGAGCGGCUUCUAUCGGCACCUGCUGAAUCAGACUGUAGGAGAGGAGGAAAUACCAGAUCGCUCAGCAAACAAAACUCAAACCUCAAAAGAGACAGAGAGGUCAUCACCUAUCCCCUCACCAACUUCCCAGGAUAAAACCCCAAGUUCUUGCAGUGACAAUGAGGAGGGGCACGGGCAGAAGUCUGAGUUCAGCAAGCCUGGUAUCGGCUCCGCACAUUUGAAACGCCAGUACAGACAGAGGUCGCCUUCCUCAGGGAGCGGAGAGGAAAAGGAGAAGGAAAGGGAGAAAGAUAGGCACAAGAAGAGCCACAGAGAUCAUGACAGAGACAGAGGGAGGGACAGAGACAAAGACAGAGACCGAAGGGGGGGAAGGGAAAGGGAUGAGAGACAUGGAGGUAGAAGAGACGACAGAGAUCGAAGGAAAGAAAGAGGCAGAGAAGAUGACAGGCACAGGAGCAAGGAGGUUACAGCGAGGGAAGAUAGGCAUGGGAAGAGGGAGAGGAGCCCUAAAGAAAGAGAGAGGGAUAGAAAUGGUGAAAGAGAGAAGAGGAGGAAUCCAGAUGAGGACAAGCGGAAGGACAAGGAUCAGGAAGAAGAGAGAGAGAGGAGGAAGGAAGGAGAGAAGGAGAGGGUGCUGAAGAAGGAAGAGAAAGAUCCAGAAAGCAAGGAAGCUGUCACAGGGGAAAAAGAGGAAGGACAAGGACAGGAAGCUGAGGAAAAGGCGAAUAAAUUUGUGAAGCGCAGCACGGAUCAAACUGUGAGUACGGCAAGAGAGCGGUACAUGGCUCGACAGAUGGCCCGCUCAGCUUGCAAGACCUAUAUAGAGAAGGAGGAGGACUGAGGACUGUAUUCCUUCCUUCUCUUAAACAUUGUACAAAAACUUUCUCUAAAUAUAGACGACAAGGUUAAAGUUUGUUUUCCACUCCAAAUCUAAUUAAAAGAUCAAAACCAACAAUGAAUAUUUGUCAACCCUUUUUUGUCUUCCCUCACCUUUUCCAAAGCCUUUAGUCCUCAUGCAUGGUUCAGUGAUUUCCUAAAACAGCUAUGAAACAGUUUUUACUAAAUAUUCUUCAAAAGGAAUAAUAACAGCAUUUAUUGUGUACUUGUUUCAGCCUUGAAGUAAUGCACAAUUGCUACACAUGGUAGUGUAGCAAAUGUGUAGGGCUUUGGGUGAGGAACUGACUCGCAUCAAGUACAGUAACAAUGGGGUGGUUGUAUUCAAUUAUUUGUUGUGGUUUUGAACAGCAAAAGGAGAAAUAAACCAUUUCAGACUGUUGCUAACCAGACAGUACCUGUAAGUAGAAUCAAUUCAUUGUUGAUAUUGUGUUUUUAUGAAGUUCGUUGAAAAACAUAAAACAUUUUAAACCUUGUUCUGUAACCACCGAACCCACUUGCAUGCUGCAGUGGACCAGUACAAACAGCAGAGUGCGCUCCUGGCCUUAAAGGGGGUUUUCUUUUUUGACUGGGAGAGGUGGAUUUUUGAUUUAUUAAUGUGACUUGUUGAUAUGAGUUCUGACAGAAGCCUCAUAAAGGAAUGAGUGUACAUAGGACAUUUUAAUUCAUGGCUUAAUUCAAAAGAUGUAUGAAUGUGGGAUUUGGGUUUGUACUUUUCUGCUGUAGUCAGUGAUGAGUUAAUAAAAUAAUCCCUGGUUGACAAUU